UAUGGUGCCCAAAAGGAAAGGGGGGAAAAGGGAGAACCAAAAAGAUCGAUCAUGUGUUAAGGAACCCCUACCCUCGCCGGAAACUCGACGCCGAUUGCAACUUCGAUCAGUAAGUACCGGUAUCAUUGAAUAUCGUGGACAAGACGGAAACCCUAAUUAUUUGCGCCUCUGCCAUGGUCGAGCUCCCCAAAAUCCUAUCCCCGACACUGGUUCUGAAGCUCCUCAAAGCAGAGAAAAACCCAAAUUCGGCACUGGCUCUGUUCGACUCGGCGUGUCAGCACCCGGGUUAUGCUCACUCACCAUUCGUAUUCCACCACAUACUCCGGCGACUAGUCGACCCGAAGCUCGUCGUUCACGUUGGUCGGAUCGUCGACCUGAUACGAGCUCAAAGAUGCAUCUGCUCCGAAGAUGUUGCGCUGACGGCUAUCAAAGCGUAUGCCAAGUGUUCUAUGCCCGAUCAAGCUCUGUAUUUGUUUCAAGGGAUGGUCGACAUUUUUGGGUGUAGACCGGGAAUUAGGUCAUAUAACUCUAUGCUUAAUGCCUUCAUUGAGUCUAAUCAGUGGAGUCGGGCUGAACUGUUUUUCGCAUAUUUUCAGACAGUGGGCAUGUCGCCCAAUCUGCAAACGUAUAAUAUAUUGAUCAAGAUAUCUUGCAAGAAGAAGCAGUUUGAAAAGGCGAAGAAACUGUUGAAUUGGAUGUCGGAAAAGGGUCUGAACCCUGAUGUUUUCAGCUAUGGUACUUUAAUUAACGCACUUGCGAAGAGUGGUAACUUAUCUGAUGCCGUGGAGGUGUUCGAUCAAAUGUCUGAGAGACGGGUGGACCCUGAUGUUAUGUGUUAUAAUAUUCUGAUUGAUGGGUUUUUCAGGAAAGGUGAUUUUGUGAAGGCUAAUGAGUUUUGGGAGAGAUUACUGAGGGAAUCUUCAGUUUAUCCGAGUGUGGCGACGUAUAACAUUAUGAUUAAUGGUUUAUGCAAGCUCGGGAAGUUCAAUGAGAGUAUGGAGAUAUGGAAUAGGAUGAAGGAGAACAAAAGGUCACUUGAUUUAUUUACUUUUAGUUCUAUGAUACAUGGCUUGAUCAAAGCAGAAAACUUCGAUGCUGCUGAGAGAAUUUUUCAGGAGAUGGUUGACAGUGGGUUAUCCGCUGAUGUGACAACAUAUAAUACAAUGCUUAACGGUCUAUUUCGAGCCAGAAAGCUAUGUAAGUGCUUUGAGUUGUGGGAGGUGAUGGUUAAGAAUAAUUUUUGCAAUAUUGUUAGUUAUAACAUAUUAAUUCAAGGAUUGUUUGACAACAAGAAGGUGGAAGAAGCUAUUUGUUACUGGCAGCUCUUACGUGAGAGAGGCUUGAAGGCAGAUUCAACAACCUACGGAGUGUUGAUUCACGGGCUGUGUAAAAAUGGAUACUUGAGUAAGGCUUUAAGGAUACUGAAAGAAGCAGAAAAUGAGGGAGCUGAUUUGGAUACUUAUUCAUACUCCUCAAUGAUUGAUGGGUUAUGCAAGAAAGGGAGGCUGGAUGAAGCUUUAGAGUUGUCUAACCAGAUGAACCAACAUGAACAUAAACUGAAUUCUCAUGUCUACAAUUCACUGAUUAAUGGAUUUGUCCGAGCUUCUAAACUAGAAGAGGCUAUUUUUCUUCUAAGGGAAAUGAGCAAGAAAAACUGUGCUCCUACUGUUGUUUCCUACAACACUCUAAUCAAUGGUUUGUGCAAGGUAGAAAGAUUUAGCGAUGCAUACCUUUUUCUGAAGGAGAUGCUGGAAGAGGGGUUGAAGCCUGAUAUGAUUACUUAUAGUUUGUUGAUUGGUGGCCUGUGUCGAGGUGAGAAGCUUGACGUGGCGCUCAACUUGUGGCACCAAUGCAUCGAUAAGGGUUUUAAGCCCGAUGUAACCAUACACAAUAUAAUAAUUCAUGGUCUUUGUACCGCCCGAAAAGUUGACGUUGCCCUGCAGAUCUUUACUCAAAUGGCACAGGUGAACUGUGUUCCGGAUCUUGUAACACACAACACCAUCAUGGAAGGUCUUCAUAAAGCCGGAGACUGUGCAGAGGCUUUAAAGAUUUGGAACCGCAUCUUGGAAGAGGGUCUUCAUCCAGAUAUUAUUUCUUAUAACAUUACUUUCAAGGGACUUUGCUCUUGUGCUAGAGUUUCAGAUGCCAUUGGGUUCCUAUAUGAUGCUUUGAAUCAUGGAAUCCUUCCCACUGCCACAACAUGGAACAUUCUUGUAAGAGCAGUUGCUGAUGACAGGCCUUUAAUGGAAUAUGCUCUUACUGCAGAGUCUCGGGUGUAAUUUGAUUCUCAUCUGAUGCUAUGAAUCAAAGACUUCUUCCAACUGCGAUAACAUGGAACGUUCUUGCUAGAGCAAUUAUUGAUUAUGGAUCUUCAACAUCAUCUUUUCGAUUUAAGCGAUUCAAAGGGUAAUUAAGCUGCCUUAAGAAUGCAAGUGCUCUUUUUAACAUUUCUUUGAAAAAUAUUCAAAUCCCAACAGCAAACUUCAGCUAGAUGUGCUAGCACUUGCAUUCCUCAUAACUCCUACAAGGAUACCAGAUCUUUAAGUGCAGAUGCUUCGAAUAAGUGAGCUGCACUUCCUUCGGAAAACAAGUUGACCCAACUGUUUGAUCAGCUAUUACUGGCUUUUAGGUCCUUGCUCUUUCCAGUAUCAAUUUCUUUCCGGCAAUUCUUGCAGGUCUUAUUUGUUAAUUAUGUGUUAUUGCUCUUGAAGAGACUUAAAAGCUGUCCGGCAAAGAGGUAGGAUCAUCAGUUAAGGAAUGCCGUGCCUCAUCCAUUUUUAGUUUGGAUGGCUGGCCAGUGAAGUUCAAAGUUUUCUAAAAUUUUCACUUUUAUUUUAGUAUAGCGAUACAUCUUAUUGAGCCCAUGGUUAAUAAUCAUGUUUUCCUAAAGAGUUUCUGUUUAGAUUAGAAUUUGAAAGCUAUCCAAUCAGGCUCCAAUGUCAUGGUGUUUUUAACUUUGGAUAGAUGGCAGGAAAAAUAUAUGUUCUGCAGCUUCUGCUUCC